CACGUAGCCAAACAGAAACCUUAUCACCUGCAAACAACUCUCUCCCUGUGUCUCACAGUGUUUCUGACUUUCUGGGAGACGCAUUUGACGUAAUUGAAUAUUAGCAAUGGCGAAGGCGAAGAAGCGGUUGAUGACGUCGGCACCAUGGAGGGGCGAAGAGGAGGCUGCCGAGGAGUUUCGGGACGCGAAGCUCAAAGUCACGAAGCAGCCUGGAGCCGAAUCUGUGAUGCACGUCCCUCGCAAAACCAAGGACAAGUCCAAGCGCCACGGCCACCAUGAUGACGAUGAUGAUGAUUCCCUUGAGAUUGACCCCCAGCUCCGCUAUAGCUUUCAGCGCAACUACCAGUUUCUUCAACGAGUAUUCAGCACUGACACCCUUGUGAAACCUCUUCCGCCUGCCAUGGCCUACAAUGUUUCCCGCAACUUGAACUUCUUCACACGCAUUUUCACCCAAUUCUUUGAUCCUGAAGGUAUUGCAAAUGCCCAGAAAUCGCUUGGGAUAGGACAGGAAGAGAAAGAUCGUCGUGUUCGAUGAAACAGAAUGGUUAGGAUCUAGUAAGUCUAUUGCAAAUGCCCAGAAAUCGCUUGGGAUGGGACAGGAAGAGAAAGCUCGUCGCGUUUGUUGAAACAGGAAAGAGGGGGUGUUGAAGACAUUAUCGGAGAUUUUAGUUGAACUCAUUUGGUUUUUGACAUUGUCAAGAACUUUUUUACAUAGUUUGUAAUAUCUCAAGAUUAAAAAAGCAAUCUUUAAAUUCAGUGGGAUCCCUACUGGGUCAUCAAAAUGUAUGACUAAUGGAUUUGCAACCUUAGCUGAGGGUUUCACUGAGUUCACUUUA